AUGGUGCAAAUAGGUUCAAGAACAUAUGAUGCAAACGAAAUUCAGAAACUUAUUCCUCAAAUGGAAGAAGCUAUUGAGAAAAAGGAACAACAAAUGCGACAUCAGCAAAGUACCGUGGAAACACAAAUGAAGAGGAUAGCUGAGCUUGAAAAAGAGGUUAAGACAUUACAGUCAGAAUGUGAUAAACUGCGUUCUGUUUUGGAUCAGAAGGCCCAGUCUGUUGCCGUAUUGAGCAGUAAUCAACAGGUUUCAAAAGUUACUGAAGAGUUGCGAACUGAACUUCAACAGAAGGCAGUAUCAUCCAUAAUUGAUGAUGGUGUUCGUUCCAAGAAAUUGGCUGUUUCCGCAGAACCAGCUAAUCUUGACGCACAAAAAGCUACUUUGCAAUACUACCCAAAAUCUGCUGGUUCAAAGCAGCUCAUACGAGAUGCUGUUCAAAAAAAUGAUUUUUUGCGUCAGCUUGCCAAGGAACAAGUAAUUGAACUCGUGGAAUGUAUGUAUGAAAUGCGUGCUCGUGCGGGACAGUGGGUCAUACAAGAGGGCGAGCCCGGUGAUCGUCUAUUUGUUGUUGCAGAAGGGCAGCUGCAAGUAUCUCGAGAGGGUGUUGCAUUAGGAAAGUUGGGUGCUGGAGUUGUUAUGGGUGAACUUGCAAUCCUCUAUAACUGUGUUAGACAAUUGAUUUAUAGAACAGCGUCGGUGCAAGCUUUGUCAGAUGUUCAGUUGUGGGUACUAGAUCGUUCUGUCUUCCAAAUGAUUACUAUGCGUUUGGGUAUGGAAAGGCAUGCUCAGUUGAUGGCAUUUCUCAGCAAAGUGUCUUUAUUUGAAAACUUAUCAGAAGACCGAAUAUCGAAAAUUGUUGAUGUUUUGGAUCAAGAUUAUUACUCUGGUGGUAAUUACAUCAUUCGAGAAGGAGAGAAAGGUGACACCUUCUUUAUUCUCACAAGUGGUCAGGUUCGCGUCACACAGCAGAUUGAAAAUGAGCUUGAACCCCGGGAAAUACGUAUUUUGAAGCAAGGAGACUUUUUUGGAGAGAAAGCUCUUCUCGGUGAGGAGGUAAGAACAGCGAAUGUUAUCGCAUUAAAUCCUGGUGUGGAAGUUCUAACACUUGAUAGAGAAUCAUUUACUAAACUAAUUGGAGAUCUCGAAGCCUUAAACAGAGAUUAUGGGGAUUCACAAAGAAGAGCCAUGGCCAUCGUGCCGGAGCCUCCAUCUCCGAAGGAAACUGCUGAAGGAAAAGAAUUUGCUGAUCUCCAGCUAAGAAAUUUAAAAAGGAUUGCUACUCUUGGCGUUGGUGGUUUUGGUCGAGUUGAAUUGGUUUGUAUAAAUGGGGAUAAAAUGCGCACGUUUGCUUUAAAAGCACUGAAGAAAAAACAUAUUGUCGACACACGACAACAAGAACAUAUUUUUGCAGAAAGAAAUAUUAUGAUGGAGACUCGAUCGGAUUGGAUUGUCAGGUUGUACACUACAUUUCGUGAUGCAAAAUACGUAUAUAUGCUUAUGGAAGUUUGUUUGGGUGGUGAGUUGUGGACAACUUUAAGGGACAAAGGGCAUUUUGAUGACUACACCGCAAGAUUUUAUGUUGCAUGUGUUUUGGAGGCACUGGAGCACUUGCAUCGGAAAAAUAUUGUUUAUCGUGAUCUGAAACCUGAAAAUUGCUUACUGACACAGUCAGGGUAUUUAAAACUUGUUGAUUUUGGUUUUGCGAAGAAAUUGGCUAGCGGCCGCAAAACAUGGACUUUCUGUGGUACACCAGAAUAUGUUUCACCUGAAAUUAUUUUAAACAAAGGUCAUGACCAAGCAGCUGAUUACUGGGCAUUGGGAAUUUAUAUCUGUGAGCUGAUGCUAGGGCGUCCGCCUUUCCAAGCAGCAGACCCUAUGAAGACUUAUACACUCAUAUUAAAAGGUGUUGAUGCGUUAGAAAUACCUAAUCGACGUAUUGGCAAAACUGCCACGGCUCUUGUUAAAAAACUGUGUAAAGACAAUCCUGGGGAGCGGCUUGGUUGUGGUAGCGGAGGUAUUGGCGAUAUUCGUAAGCAUAGGUGGUUUAUGGGUUUUGAUUGGGAAGGUCUCAGGGCGAGAACGUUAAAAACUCCGAUCGUACCUAAAGUAACGAGUCCAUCUGAUGUGGCAAACUUUGAUGUUUAUCCUCCAGAACAAGAUAUACCGCCUGAUGAGUUUUCUGGCUGGGAUGAAGGUUUCUAG